AUGUGUCACUCUAAUCCACACUUUGUGCAAAACGGUCUCGGCUUUGAAGAAUAUGAAGCGGGUUUCUGGAGUCAUAUCAUGGUAGCAGUUCCUCUUUUGGUCGCGAUCUUGACGCUCUGGCCGACGUUUACCGGUACCGCAGACGCAAAAAAAGCCACCGAGUUAGCAAAAUGGACGGCUAUAAAGGAUUUCAUAGAGUUCUGCCAAUCCCGUCGACGUGUGCUCUCCACACCGCUGCUUUCUGUCCUAGAUAGCUUAAAUACAGCUCAAAUAUUGCAACCCACAUCUAUAGCGCAUAGCACUGGGCUUGAAGUGACUGACCACGCACCUCGUCGUCGACUGGUGGGCUCUGAUAGUGAGCGCUGGUUGCACUCCGUAUCUCUGGAUAGCUGUGACAGAACGGAAGACGAUAAUGGUAUAACAUUGCAACCUGAGCGGCAAGUAGACUAUUUGUCGCAUGUGUGGCAGGAAGCAGAUCUUCAUCAAUCUUGGAGGCACGUGCAAUCACAAAAGACCAACUACGAAAAUGCGGCUCGCCUAGAGAAUGCUGCAUGGAGAUCCUGGACCAAGUUUAGGAACAAUUUACCUACUAUCUUGCCAAACGUUAUUAAAUGGUCAAAAGACGACGAUAUCACAUGGCUUUAUGGCCCGCUGCAACUUCGAACAACUGGGCUGUACGCAUUAAAGAGUAAUGCGUCCAGAGAGAAACAAGAGAUAAUACAGAAAGGGGAGCUCACCAAACGCGAUGCUACUUUACAAGCCGAGGAAGAUGAUCAAUACGAAACGGUAUGUGGGCAGCUCGGAUUGGAUGGGGCAGCGACCCAAAUCUCCCGCCAAACGUUCCAGCAAGCGGGAAACCUCAAGCAUGGCCGUUACUUUGGCGGAUCUUUUAAUAGAAAUAUUUCCAUCCAGGCGGGGCCAAAAGAGGUUCGCUUCAAAGAAGAGUUUGAGUAGCAUGUAGUGGAUUGCAUCAAGACUGAGAACAAUAUCGAACAGUCUAUACCAAGAAUAAUGGUCAACGGACAUAAUGUAUGACUAGCUGGCUUGUAUAAGGCUAUAUACAUAGUGCAUAGUUUUCAGAUAUACGUAAUCGAUCUC